AUGCGUAGCGUUUCUUCUCUCGCUUCUAUCCUCGUGGUAGGCCUUCAGCUUAUGGACUUGUUCUCCAGUGCUUAUGGCCAAGACGCCCCUUUGUUCGUUGAAGGAGCUCUGGAGGAUGCCAUCGCUUUUGAUGACACUUUCAACUCUGGCGGCACCAUCAGUGUUGGCGGCUUCAACAUCACUAUCCCGAAGAAUUUGCAGGUUGAGUUCCCUGCAGCGUAUGUUGGAUGGAGGGACUUUGCCGCAGAAAAAGACUCUAUGAUCGGAUAUGAGACCAUGGUCCUUGGCAAUUUCAUCAAUGGCGUACCUAUCGCGGCCCAGGUCCAGAUAUAUGAGUUUUUCGAGGGAUUGGCAAGCGGCUUCAUCGAAUCUAUCGACUUCGAGGAUGCCAGCAUGAAAAUUCGCAAUGGGCCGACCCUCCGCAUCAACGACCCGAAUGCAGUGUUUUCCGCAGGGUACACAGCGGCACCAUUUUUCACUGCGGAUGACGAGAGCCCGAGCAUCACAUCGUUCUCUGGGUUCCCGAUGUGUAUCCCUCGGAAUACCACCGAUCCCGCAUGCCCGUCUUCGAAUCGCCCCUUCAAUGGACAGGGGACUUUUGUUGCCCCUGACCCUCUGAGCAUGGUUCCUUUCCUGCCUGGUGACUUCAUCACAUGGGCGGGCAUCAGGCGAGGCGACGAAGUCAUUGCCUUUAGUAUAGUUGCUCAGAACGUGCAGAUCACGACUAUUCAAAACCUUGUCUAUCUCCGCACCGAAAUCGCAUUACUUGGUAUCUCCAACUUUAACGGCAACACGGAAUUGGCCGAGUCACGAAUCGUUGGUUACACCUCGAACCCCCGCUCUACCGUCGCCAUGUACGCGAUGGAUAUCGACCCAUGUACAGGCGCAGUGACAGACCGGAUCGUAGCGGCAAUCGGCCUCCGCGGCGGCGGCAACGCGCAGAACAAGUUCGAGUACCGCGCGGACAUCCUCUCGGGCUAUGCGCGCGACUACCGCAUCGUGGCCGAGAUCAACGGCGUCCCCACGACGAGAACCACGAAGAACGGUUUCCUCGCCGGCACCUACGUCCAGCCGGUUAACGUCUGGAUCCAGUCCGAGCAGGACGUUCCCGGUGUCCCGCCGCCCGCCAACGACUUCUCGCAGCUGCCAUGGCUCACGGAGGGCCUGGGUCUCGACGAGGACGGCAACCUAUGGGGACCUCUUGACCCCUUCCCCCAGAGCGGCGUGCUCAUUGAACCCCCUGCAUGCAACGUUGCUAAGAUUCAGUUCGAGGGCGACGAAGUUAAUACUGAUUGGGUGCCGUCUGCUUCCUUGCUUAACGCCACGCUCCCUCUCAACUCGACUGCUUUGAACUCAACGGUUGCGCCGGCGAAGAGACGCAACGUGCCCGAUGGUCGCUGGGCUACUCGUGCCCGUCUCGAUGCUACGACCCUGCCUGCCGGAGACCCUGCUCUUAACCAGAUUUCCGCUUAG